AUGCUCAAGAAGAACAAGGAGACGUCUCUAAAAACAACAAAAAGGGUGAAAACAGAAGAUGAAGAAGAAGAAAAAGACAGAGUAAAGACACCAUCGAAAAACAAAAAGGCAAAGAGCAAGCCAAUCCAUCUAAAAGAAGACAAAGAUACAUAUGAUGCUGCGGAAGAUCAGAGUAGUAAUGGGAACGAUGAGCACGAUGACGAUGGCAGUGAAGUCGAGAUGUACAACGAAAGCCAUAUAAAACCCUUUGGCUUUACGAUACCUCGUCCGAAAGGGAGCCCUUUUCCUGACGCCAUUUCUCCAGAUACACUUGUCUUCUUGGCCGAACUAGCUGAAAACAACGACCGAGAUUUUUUUCACUUUCGAUCGAAAGAGUGGGCAGCAGCAAGAAAGGAUUUUAUGGAUUUUGUUGGCUUACUGUCUACCGAGAUUCACCAUGUGGAUCCAUCGAUUCGAGUGGAAGAAUCCAAGAAAGCUGUAUAUCGACAAAAUCGAGAUUUACGAUUUUCGAAUGAUAAAUCGCCAUACAAGCGCAACCUGAGUGCUUCCUUUUCUCAAACAGGACGUAAAUUUCUGAACGCAGGCUACUUUCUGUCCAUCAAACCAAACAAUCAAUCUCUCAUUGCGGCGGGUAUGUGGCAGCCAGAUAAGUAUCGCUUAGCGAAUAUGCGGUCCAGUAUCAUCCGGCACGCAGAUCUCUUACGAGAAGCUUUGUCGACGGACGUUAUAAAGGAAGCAUUUGAUGGAAAGUAUGGGGUUGAUAUUUUGGAUACCACAGAUCGAUUGAAAGUAGCGCCGAAAGAUAUUGCAAAAGAUCAUCCUGAGAUUGAUUUGUUACGGUUUAGAAGUUUUGCAGUGGAAAAGACGUUCACAGAUGAAGAGGUAGUCAGUCCAGAGUUUAUGGAUAAAGUCAUGGAUGUUGUGGAAGCCUUAGUACCGUUUGUGGCUGUCAUUAAUUCUUGGGUGUAG